CCAUUCAAACGUUACAAUUCUCUAGAACUCUCCUUCUCUUCCCAUUUUAAAUUAUUAACACCGAAACUUCUAGGGUUUCAUUAUCCUAAUUCCUACCAUCAUCUUAUCUCUCACACUCUUUCUCUAUCUCAACUCACACACACACGAUUUGCAUCCAUCUUGCACUAAAAACAGCAGGGAAAUGGCAGCAGCCCAGCUUACAGCAACAAGUGUUUCAAGCAGAGGUUUGCCCACUUUUGAAGGGCUUAGACCUUCAGCAAUAAAGAUUGCUGCUUUUGCACCAUUAAAACAAGGGCUUAGUCAAAGGUGUUUCCGCCCUCUUGUUGUUAAAGCUGCUACUGUUGUUGCUCCCAAGUAUACCACAAUUACACCUCUGGCUGAUAGAGUGUUGAUCAAGAUCAAGGAAGCAGAGGAGAAGACUUCAGGUGGAAUUUUGCUACCCUCAACUGCUCUCAGUAAGCCACAAUAUGGUGAGGUGGUUGCUGUUGGAGAGGGAAGGACAAUUGGGAAGAGCAAAAUAGAAAUUGGUGUCAAGACUGGAAGCCAGGUAGUGUACUCAAAGUAUGCGGGGACUGAGUUGGAGUUUAAUGGGUCAAACCAUCUGUUAAUGAAGGAAGAUGACAUUGUUGGCAUCCUGGAGACAGAUGAUAUCAAGGAACUUAAGCCUAUGAAUGAGAGAGUCCUUAUUAAGGUUGCUGAGGCUGAACAGACAACUGCUGGAGGUUUGCUAUUGACAGAGGCAUCCAAGGAGAAGCCCUCAGUUGGCAGUGUAAUCGCCGUUGGUCCCGGUCCGUUGGACGAGGAAGGUAACAGAAAACCAUUGUCAGUAUCACCAGGUAACACAGUGAUGUACUCCAAGUACGCAGGGAAUGAGUUCAAGGGCAAAGACGGCUCAGAUUACAUUGUGCUUAGGUCGUCUGAUGUUAUGGCUGUGCUUUCUUCUUAGUUUACAAGUCCCGGGAUGUCUGUAGAAGUAACGUUUAGGUGGUAAUGAUUUUUGUAGCUACUGGCAGGAGCAUAAAAAGGUGUCUACUAUAACAACUCGUGUCCAUAGUUGUGCUUGCAUUUUUGAUUGUUGAGUUCAAUUUUCAUUUCAACAAUGUAUUCUUGAUCUUAAAUAUGAAACCAGUGAAACAGAAAGUUGAAGAUUGGUUUCAGUAUGAGAAGGCGGCUUUUUCCCCUGGAUGGAA